AUGGCCAGAGGCACGAUCGCAAUCGAGGAGGCAGUGAUAUCACCUGCCGACAUUGCAUCAGUAACAGAAUGGCAGUCCCUCCUCUCGCCCUCCUUUGAUCCCUCGAAACCAGUGGCCUCAUAUUCAACUCGGCUCCUCGACAUUCACGGUGCUCGACUUCAGCAAAUGGAUGAGAAUGGCGUCGAAUAUAUGCUCCUCUCACUAACAUCGCCAGGAUGUCAAGGUGAAAGCGAUCCAGAAACUGCCACUCAAGUUGCCAGAGACGCCAACGAUUACCUCACAGCAGAAGUUGCAAAGAAUCCUCAGCGAUUCGGUGCAUUUGCUGCAAUCUCAAUGCACAAUUCCCAAGAUGCAAUCACCGAACUUCGGCGCGCAGUCAAGGAAUUGGGAAUGUUCGGUGCCCUGAUCAACGAUUUCCAAUCACAUGGUCCAGACGGCACAGAGAAAUUGUACUAUGAUACACCGGCUUAUGAUCCAUUCUGGGAAGCCGUGCAAGAGUUGAAUGUUCCAGUCUAUAUCCAUCCAAGAUAUCGCAUCAAGCCGGAGCUCGAACCUGGCACAAUGUAUGGCAGCCGGAAACAUUUGUUGGGUGCAGGUGUACAAUUCCAUCUUGAUUUGAGUUUCCACAUAUAUGCCAUUUGUUCGAGUGGACUGUUUGAUAGGUAUCCAGGAGUUCAGUUGGUGGUAGGACAUUUAGGUGAAGGAAUUCCAUUCAACCUCUGGCGAGCAUCUCACUGGUUGAACUCACCUCUCAAAAAACCAUCUCGACCAUGUGCGCAAGAUUAUGCGUACUAUUUCAAACAUAACAUACACGUUACGACAUCGGGAUUCUUCUCUACCGAGGCUUUAAAGUUCUGUACGGGCCAAAUCGGGAUCGAAAGGUGCCUGUUUGCUAUUGAUUAUCCAUACGACCAAGUCAAGGAAGCAAUGGACUGGUGGAAGGGUGCUGAGUUGGAAGAAGAUGAGAAAGAAGUGAUUGGAAGGACAAAUGCUAUUAAAUUGUUCAAACUGCCACUUGAGAUCUAG